AUGCAGCUGACCCCCUCCCAGGUCAUUCUUGCAGCGUCGAUAUGCACCCGUGGAGGGAAGGCCGUGCUCUCACGGCAAUUCCGUGAAAUCGCAAGGUCACGGAUUGAGGCUCUACUCGCGUCUUUCCCCAAACUCGCGGACUCUGGAACCCAACACACAACUGUUGAGCAGGAUAACGUCAGAUUCGUGUAUCAGCCAUUAGACGAACUCUACAUCGUUUUGAUAACCAAUAAACAAUCGAAUAUCCUCCAGGAUAUUGAUAGUCUACAUAUUUUUGCCCAGGUCGUUACGAAUAUCUGCAAAAGCCUCGAUGAACGCGAAAUCCUACGCAAUGCCUUCGAGCUCCUGUCUGCCUUCGACGAAGUGGUCACGCUGGGAUAUCGAGAAAAUCUCACAUUAUCUCAAAUAAAAACUUUUCUAGAGAUGGAGAGCCAUGAUGAACGGAUUUCCGAAAUCAUUGAGCGAAACAAGGAACUCGAAGCAAGUGCCGAGCGAAAACGGAAGGCAAAGCAGCUUGAGAUGCAGCGCAAAGAGGCAGAACGCAUGGGAAAAGGAAUGGCACCUCGUACCCCAUCCUAUCCUGUCUACAGCCAACCUGCGCGCCCCACCAUCCCCGACACAAUUGAUAGUUACGAGGCGGAAAAGAAGAAAGCUUUCACAAAAACUCUACCAUCUAGAGGUAAGGGUAUGCAGCUAGGCAAAAAAUCCAAAACGACAGAUAUAUACGAGAAGGUUCGCGGAGAGCUUGGCCCUGAAGCUGAGGAGUCACCUCUUGUUCCUGCUACACCAGCUGCUGCUGUAGCCGCUCCAGCAUCUUCCAGACCGUCUCUAUCGGCUGACCGCGAGCCUGUACACGUAACUGUGGCGGAGACCGUAUCUGCGAAGUUGUCUCGAGACGGCGCAAUGAAAUCCUUUGAAAUAAAAGGUGAUCUACAACUACGAAUCUCCGACCCGUCCUUCACGAAAUUGAAACUUGAUCUCAAAGCCAAUCCAACGCAUGGUGCUCAGUACCGUACACACCCGAAUGUUGACAAAGCCCUCUUUACCAACUCAAAAACUAUUCAGCUCAAGGACACCUCAAAGCGAUUCCCAGCAAAUAAUUCCAUUGGAGUUUUGCGGUGGCGUGUCGCCAGUAUCGACGAUGCAGAUUUGUUACCCAUUACUUUCACUGUUUGGAUCAACAAAGGGUCGGAUUCUACAACCGUGACAGUCGAAUAUGAACUUUCGGGCUCUGAGAGUCUCCGAGAUGUCACUGUUACGAUUCCAUUCCAAACGGUCGAACCCAACAUCUCUAGUUUCGAUGCAGUAUAUGAGGUUACGGGAGACAGCAUCGACUGGAACAUUGGAAACGUCGACGAAUCCAACAAUUCUGGAAGUUUCGAGUUCGAAUCAAAUAACCCCGACGGAGAUGAAAACGAGUUCUUUCCCAUGACCGUUCGUUUUAGCAAGCCUACUCCAUUUGUUGAUGUGGAUGUUUUGGGUGUUACUCUGGUGGAGAUGGAAGGUGAAGGAGUCAAUUUCUCAAAGGAUAUUAAAUGCAUCGCAGAGGGUUAUAUGAUUGAGUGA